GCCACUCACUGAAGAAUACGCCAUUCUGUGUUGACUCUAAGGUUUCUUUCUCCUCAUGUUUUCAUCCUAAAUGGUCUGUGUGAAUGUAGAGAGGGGAAGUUAAGCUACACCUCAACUGAGCUGCAAACAGACCCUCUGGUACAUUUUAACUCUGGUACCCGUCCUGUUUAAAUCAGGCAGCACUAUGGAUAAAGAUAGCUUGUUGUAUUAUACCAGUGCAGCUAUAUCUAAUCUUUUGGAGAAAAUCUGAAAGGUGAAGUAAAUGCUUGAAAAGGGAAAUUCCUGUGUACUUGUUUAUAGUUGCAUCUGGGUCUCUACUGUCCGAGGAUUUAAACUAUAGCAUUUUCCUUCAGAAAACUGGAUUUCACACAUUACGCACCUUCGGCCUAAAGACACAAAAUUUGCACAAGCUUAAUCAGAAAGCUUGGGUGAUAUGAUGAUUUCUAUCUGGCAUUACGUUGCAGGAGCAGCAACAUUUGUUUUUAUUUUCGCUUUUGUUGUGGUCACAGUGUGUUGCAUUUGUCAUAAAUGCAAAACAUCAGAGGAACCAUAUUAUGCAAACACAAGAAGCUGGCAUGUUCCAAAUUCCAGACAAGAUCAAACAAUCUAUGAAAAUGAUCAUGAGUUCAAAAAAAAGAUCGAUAAGAAAGAAAAGAGCCAGAUUUCACCAGUUUACAUCAACGGACCUGACAAUAUAAGAUUGCCUGUAAUUGCCAUUUAUGCCAACACUACAGCAAACCCAGAGACUUCUGAAAGCUGCACAGACAACGAUUAUGAAAAUGUGGAGAUUUGUGGUGGCCGUAUAUGACAAUUUUGCGAUUCUGCAAGAUGGAUUUCUGUGUUUAUUUUUAUUUCUGCUUUUAACUAUCUUGAUAGGGUUAAAGUGGAAUAAGGACAGUAUAAGUUGAGCAUAAUUAGGUAUUUUAUACGAUCAGCCUUUUCACUAAAAAUUAAUAAUUUUUUUAACUCAAAUGCAAAAGUAUUGCAUUUCAUUGCAAAAUUCUACUAAUACAAAUGCAGUUAUAUAUAUAUCAAGAAUUACAUUAGUAUGCUAGUUCAAUUUCAAUGCUUGACAAACAGAAAUAUAAUUAUUAGAGUUGUGACGUCAUUGUUGAUAUCAAGAAGUCACGUUUUUAAUGGUGUAAAUCUAACUGCUGCUAUCAAGAAUAACCUUUGCCACAAUUUCAUCAACAAAAUGAUCAUUCUAAUUAGUUGUUCAUAUCGAAAUUCCAUAUACUUUAAUUUAAAGUCAGAUCGUCUUGCUAUAGCUGAACUGCAUUUCGGCAUGUGAACAGUUUAAGAGAAAAUAAGUUUUUCAUGGUUGUUCAAAAAACUGUAGAUCAACCAAGCGCUCGUUAGAUCCGAUGCACUAGGAUCACGUGUCCUCUGUAAUGACGUAACCUUCUUACACUUCCGGGGGUGUGACGCGAUUUGAUGGAGGAGAGAAAUGAAAGUUUCGCGAUUAAGACUAAACAAUUGACCAGGACAUACUUAAUUUUACCCAGGUAAGGGCCAUACUAAAUAUAUCCCAAAAUUACAAUUAUGUAAGGCAAAUGCAUACCCAUAAAUAUUGCUUGCACGUGCUGUUCCGUCCUGCAUGUAACCCUAAAACCAUUCUCUGCACUCCGAAAUUUAAUGGAAUAUCGCUGGUAACUGGAAAUGUUAAACAGCAGCUGGUGUAAAUAAGCACAUGGGAAUAACUUGGAUGCAAUGACGUCAAGAAUUACAUAAUAUGCACUUAUUUGUGGCUCAAGCAAAUUGGCGUUUGGACUCGAUCACUUAAGUUAUGCCCUACAGGUGUUUAAAUGGAUAAGUUUGUAACUCACUUAAAGAGAUCAGCUGUAUCUGCUGAGGAAGCUCAAUGGAAGAAAGAGAAACUAAUGAAGAUAUGCAACGAGGAUGUGUGUGAGGCAGAAGAGGAGUUUCCUCAACCUAUCCCUUGGCAGAAGAUCGAGGCAGAGAGUCUGGACUGUGACUACUGUUUGCUGUUUCACAAAAAUGAGGCUGAUCGUCUUUUCAACCAGUUAGAAGAAGAGGUGGUGUACUUUACAGGUGACAAAGCCAAGGUGCAAGUUUAUGGAAAGAUGCACAACGUGCCGAGGAAGCAAGCUACAUACGGGGACGAGGGACUGACGUACUCUUUCUCUGGAGUCCAUCUGCUGGCCAGACCAUGGACUCCCACUUUAAUACACAUUCGAGAUGCUGUCACCAAGGCAACAGGCCAUACAUUCAACUUUGUUUUGAUAAACAGGUAUAAGGAUGGUGAUGAUCACAUAGGAGAGCACCGGGAUGAUGAACGGGAACUCGAUCCUGCCUGCCCUAUUGCCUCUGUAUCUCUAGGGGCAGCCCGUGACUUCAUUUUCCGACACAAGGAUGCACGAACUGGUCUUGCCAAACAUCAGAUUGAACCUGUGAAGCUGGAGUUAGCCCAUGGAAGUGUACUGCUCAUGAACUAUCCCACUAACAAAUUCUGGUAUCACAGCCUUCCAGUGCGGAAAAAGGUUAAAACACCACGCAUCAACCUUACUUUCAGGCGCAUAAUAAAGAAGCUGCAUUAAAAUGUA